UUUAUCUUAAAAUACAAAAUGUCUCAAGCAUCGUCAAACGUUGUUUCUGAAAACCCCAGUCAGAUGUUUCCAAACAAUCCUCAAGAUCCUUCAAUUAGGACCCAUCAUUCCCAAAGAAGGAUACCUGAAGAUAUGAAUGGAGGCCCAAGAAUGGAAAAUUUCAACUCUUCACUUAGACAAAACAUGGGAAGACAUCAAACCCACCAUUCACAUCCAAGAGGAGGUCCAGAAAUGUCUAGAGAACAAAUGAACGAAAGUCAGGCUCAUAUCUAUGAUGCUUCAGGUAGAAUACUGCCUCCACUUUCUUAUUUCAGAAAGCAGAACAUCUUCAAGCUUCUCAUGUAUGGCAUCAAAGAAGAGCAAGGGGAGAUAAGCAUUCUGAGAAGACAACUAUUCAGGAAAUAUAAGAGCGCUCUCUACAAGUUGAUGAACCGCCUAGAAUAUGAAAGAAAAAUGCUCGUCAGACAAGAAAUGGUGAUUAGAGGAAGAGACCCGGAGAAAGCUUUGGAGAACAGCGCUAUAAUGAACAAAAAUGUAGAUGAGAAGUAUCUUUUCAGCCAACUUAUCCCUGAUCAUGUUAGAAACAGGAAAAGAACGAACCCAAAUCUAGAAGAUUCUUAUAAAAAUAAUGGAAGGACUAAUCCUCCAAACCCAGCUGAGGUUGGAGGAAUGGGAUCUAGAGAACCCCAAAGAGAAUCUAAAAUGAGAGAAGGACCUUUUGGGAAUGUAGAUAAUGCCGCAAAUCAGCCUAAUGUUGAUAAAAUGUCAAAUUAUUCGAGAUCUGAGUUACUUAGAAAUGGAACAAACUAUCAUUCUUACUCGAAGCCUCAAGAAAUCAAUAAACCAAUGAAUAGUCCUUUGCCAAUUGUGAUAAAUCGCCACCCCCGGGUAUAGAAACCAAUGAAGAGAGACAGAGAAAGUAUAAUUUGAGAAAUAGAG